AUGUAAUUACUAAAUUAAUUCAUUUUACUAUUUUUCUUCAUCUUUUAACAGAUAGAAGGAUAAUAUCUAAAUUUAUUAAAUCCAUUACAUUAAAUCUCUAAUCGCACCUUUAAUAGAGUUGAUUAUAAUUGGUAUUAUCCUUAUUGCUUAAUUUAUGGAUUUUAUUCUAAAUAUAAUCCUUUAAGCAAUAUUAUAUAAUUAGGAAACAUUGGAAUUUUAGACAGCAAUUGCUAUCAUAUUUAUAGUAUCAAAGAUUAAACAUCAAAUAAUAUCAACUUUCUACAAUAUGAUUGUAUUGAUUAUGAGAAGAAAUAAAUUGAAAAGGCAUAUAUAUUUAUAGGAGACGACGGUUAAAUUUACAAACAUUCAUAUUAAAUGAACAUUUUUGAAUAUGAAUCAUAUUGGUACUUUUUGGGCAUAAUAAUUAAUAUUGUUGAAUAAAAAGUUGUUAUAAUUUUAUUCCAAAAUGAUAAGGAGUAAAAUGCUUAAGAAUAUAAUAUUAGAUAUCCAUUUUAUGAUGUAAAUUUAAUAUUAUUUUGUGGUGGAGAUUUAUAAUUAUAUCCCAAUUAAACUCUUUUUAAUGCAUCAAUAUCUAAGCUUUCUUAUUUUCCAGGAAGCUUAAAAUAUUAUGAUAUAUAUUACAAUACUAACAAGGAAUCUUGUUAGAUAUCAGAAUUUUAAUUAUUAUUUGAAGAUUUUAAAUUCGCUUGCUAAUGCAAUUUGAAACCAGCUUCAUAUCCUGAUUAUAUUUUUUCAAAACUGAGUUAGGAAUAGUUAAUAUCUUAAAAUUAGAAUUGCGACUAAUUCAAUUUUUAGACAUGGAUUAGAAUUAAAGAAAUAGAUAACUAUUUUACAGAAAUCUAUUAUAAAUCAAUAAAGAUAUCAGGUAAUUUUUUAAAUCCAAAAUUAUCUACUGAUGAUUUAUCUGCGUUUUAACUCUAUUAUAGAUUGACUGAAAGCAUAAAUCAGAUUAUCAUAACUACUUAUAGUUACACCUUCCCAUCUGUAAAUAUCAAUUAAUUUGAUCAUCCUUUUUUAAUUACCAAAAUAUUCGAUAUAGAUAUAGACAUAAAAUUAUGGCAUUUUUUAAGAGUUUAGAAAAGCCAUAAUUCUAUACAAGUAUAAAUAAACUUUUACUAAGGAAAAAAUAUUAAAGAAUAUUCUUUUGAGAGUUUUGUUAAUCAUUUUAAUUUGGUAACAUUUAAAAUAGGUCGAGGUAAUUUGUUGUAGAGUUCCAACUAUUUUUCAAUCUAAUUUGUAAAAAUGGUUUUUUAUAAUUGUGAAACUGAAAUUAAUUUAGAAAUAUGUCAUCUAUCCUGUUUUGAAUGUAAUGGUCCAACUAAAUUUGAUUGUUUGUCUUGUGAUCCCUCAACAAAUAGAAUGUAUAAUGAAAAAUAGAAUUCUUGUUUUUGUGCUUAUGGAAAAAUUGAAUUAGAUGGAAAAUGCACAGAUUAUUCAGCAUUUUAAUUAACUAUUUCCUAAGUAAAUAAGAAUGAAUUCAAGUGUUCCUAUGGGUAUUUUGAAUAUGAAGAUCAAUGCUGGAAAUGUCCUUCUAAAAUACGAAAAAAUUUAAUAACUUGUAUAGAGUGUAUUACAAACCCAAAAACUUGGAUUAACAAUCCAUAUUGUUAAUAUAAUUAUGUAACUGAUAAUGAUAAUAGGCCUUUUACAAAACAAGAUUAUGGGAUAGAAAGGAACAUUUUUGAUGGAGUGGAUUUAAAAUAUAGAGAGAAUUAAGAAUAGGAUUAAGAUAUUUAUAAAGAUUACUUAUAGACUUUUGAUCAUUUUUCAAACUUUUGUUCUAACUGCAAAAUAGAUGUAUAUAGGAAAAAAUGUUUCAUUUUUAUUAACUGUGUAGAAUGCUAAAUUGAAAUUUCCAGACCUAGAUGCAUCAAAUGUGUAAUGAACUAUAAAUUAUCAGAUGGAGUUUGUUUAAUCAAAAACCUAAUACAAACCUCAUCAUAUAUAAUCUGUUAAACUCCUUAUUAUUAAACAUAUUAUUAUACCUGUAUUUUAUGUCCUAUAGAGAACUGUCUUUAUUGUUUUGAUUUUGUAAAGGAUGAUAUUUAAAAGAACACUAUACUAUACAAAUUUUUAAAUAAUAUAAUUAAUGCAAAUGAUUAAGAAGUAUUAGUAGGUUGUGCAUAAUGUUACGAAGGAUUUCUUUAUGAUUUCACUCUACAAAAAUGCAUUCCUCGAUAACCAUAAAUCUAAAAUUGUCUUAGUUCAUUUGUGAAUUAGCAAGGUAAAGAGCUCUGUAUUUUAUCAACUAUAUAGGAUUUUACAGUUGCUCCUUAAAUAAUUAAUUGUUAAAAUAUUAUUUAAAAUUGUAGGUAAUGUUUUAGCAACAUUUAAACUAUUCUAAAAUGUGUUAUUUGUGAGGAAGGAUAUUACUCCUCUGAUGACACAGGACUUUGCUACGCCAUUUUCUAUGAUGAAGUUCUUCCGAAAACUAAUAGUGUUACUUUUAUUAGGUUUUCUGAUUAAAAUAUUUGGAGGCAUCUGGUUCAAAGUUUCUCUUUGCAAUUUUCUUAAAACAAUUAUCCUUAUCUUUUUACUUAAUUUUAUCUAUUUAGUAUUGAAUGUAAAGAAGGAUAUUCAGUAUUUAAAGGAGAUUGUAUAAAAUAUUGUGAUUAAAAUUGCUAAAAAUGUGAAUAUGACAAAAUAUCAGAAAGAUAUACCUGUUCCUUAUGCCUCUUAGAUAAUUACAAUGAACCCUAUAAGGUUUAAGAAAAUGGAAUGUGUUUAAUUUGCCCUUCAUUAUGUUAGGUAUGCCAGAUUCGAUCUGAUGAAAGCGUUAUGAGUUUAAAUCCUAAUUACAUAAUUAACAAAAUAAACACUUAAUAUACAACAUAGUGCAUAAAAAGUAUCUCGAACUCAAAUGUUGAUAUUAAUCCAUAUCUUUAAAUUGCUCAUUAUGUUUAUGAUCAAAACUAAACAGCUUUUGAAUAUUAAGUAAGAAUAAAUUAUAAAUCAAGACAAACUAUUCCUGCCAACAUUAUAUUUAUUUCACCGAUAAUUUUUCUUUCUUCUACUAUGAGAAAAUAAUAAUUCAUUUUAAAAUUAGAAUUUGAUUAACCAUGUACUGAAUAAGAAAAUCGAAUUAUUAAUUAUUUUAAAGCUAAAGUAUUUUCAAUUCAAUUAUUAAAACUCGUAUUAACAGGUAUUCAAUAAGUGGAAGGAUUAUUUGCCAUAGAUAACUUUAAUUCUAUAGAAUUCAGUAACCUACUUAUUAAUCUAGAGAAUAACCUAUUAUUUCAAAUUAACAACUAUGGAGAAGGAGUAGAUUAUAACUUUUAAAAUUGCAGCUUUUUCGGAAAUCAAUAAAAAUUCGUAUAAUUUACAAUCCCUAUGAUUAUCAAUCAUAUCUUUUUCACUUAAAAUGUAUCAAUCUCUAAAGUCAAUAUUGAUAACUCGGUUAUAUUUUAGAUAAAUUCAACUACAUAAAAUGAAAAUAUUUUGAUAGAUGUCUUUUUCUUGAUGGAUUGUAAAAUGAACAAUACUACUUUAUUCUAAUUUAAUAUUAACUCAAAAAAAAUUGUAAUUGAGAACCUUCUUAUAGAGCGAUGUGAAUUUCACAAUUUUACACUUCUUAAAAUUUAACAAUAAACUUAUUCGUCAAAAAUAAUAAUAAGAUUUAUUAAAAUUAAGAAUUCAAUAUUUUCAAAUUCUACUUUGAUAGAUAGUAAUGAAAAUAAUAUGCUAUUUAUUUACUCUUUUUAAAUGAUUGAAAACUAGAUUUUUAAUUCACAGCUAAUAAGAUUUAGUAAAGAUCUCUUCAGCUUUAACCUAAUAUUUAUAUCGAAUUUGUUUAAAGAAUCUAUUUUAUUUGAAAAAUUAUUCUCAAAAAAUUAUUAGUAUGAAGUCAAAUUAGAAGAUAUAGAGGUUUCCACUAAUAACUACUCAAAUUUUUAAAUACUUGUUAUUGAUUAAACAAAAAUACCACCUACUCAAAUUGAAUUAACAAACUUAGUUUUUUAGGAUAAUAAUCAUCUUUUAAUUGAAAUUGAAGAUUAUUUAUUUAAAUUCAGUAGCUCUAAUAUAUUGAUUUAGAAUGCAUUACUAAUUAAUACUUUCCGUAACAGAUUCUUUUAUUUAUUCAACAUUUCUCAAAUUUAGUUUAAGAAUAUUACUAUGUAGAAUGAAAUUUUAAAAUAUAGGAUUCCCCUUCAUUAAGAUUGUGCCACUAAUACCAAUUAACAUUCAAAAUUAUUAUUUGUCAAAGGAUUUUAGAGUCUUUAUUUGGAUUUGAUCAAAGUUAUUAAUUAAAUCACUCUAGAUUAAUCUGUUAUUGAAAUUCAAUCAAAUGAUCCAUUACUAAAUGAAGAAUUUGAAACAAUUACUAUUUAAAAAUGUCAUUUUUAUUCAAAACAUUUUGAUGAAAAUAAAUUCAGGCAAUUUUUUUUCAAUUAUUUCAAUCUAUUCAAAUAAAGGCUAAUAAAUUCAUUUUAAGAAUAUAUUAUAUUAGUAGAAUUCCUAUUAUUAAUACAUUAUAGAUCCAUCAUAUUCAUCUGCAAGUUUGUUGUUUAUUAACUCUAUUAAUAGCACCAUUCUAUUUAAUAAUAUUUAGUGUUUUGA